AUGGCUUCCAAGUCAGCCUCCCAGCGGGGCUCCGCCGUCUCCAUCCCCGCCUUUGCCGCCACGCCUGUCGAGACCAUCUCCGAGAUGUGCGCCACUGUCCGCAACACCUACCGCACCCUCAGGACCAAGGACCUGGAAUACCGCAAGGUCCAGCUGCGCAAGCUGUACUGGGCCAUCAUGGACCGCGCCUCCCAGAUAGAGGAAGCUAUGCUGCGCGACCUGCGCAAGUCUCAGUAUGAAACCGACUUGACCGAGAUCGACUGGCUUACCAACACCAUCAUCUUCACCAUCGAGAACCUCGACAAGUGGGCCCAGGACGAGUACCCCAGCGUCCCUUUCCACCACAGGCCCAACAACAUUCGCGUCCGCAGGGAGCCCAUGGGUGCUGUUCUGGUCAUUGGCACCUACAACUUUCCCCUGAUGCUCAGCCUGGAACCCCUCGUUGGCGCCAUCGCUGCCGGCUGUACUGCCGUUGUCAAGCCGUCCGAGGGCGCCCCCAACGUCGCCGCCGUCAUCGGGGAGAUUGUCGAAGCGGCCCUGGAUCCCUCUGCCUACCGCGUGGUCAACGGCGCCGUCCAAGAGACCACCGCCCUGCUCGACCAGAAGUGGGACAAGAUCUUCUACACGGGCAGCGCCCAGAUCGCCCGCAUCAUCAGCAAGAAGGCCGCCGAGUCCCUGACCCCCGUGGCCCUCGAGCUGGGCGGCCGCAACCCGGCCUUUGUCACCCGCAACGCCGACCUCAAGAUAGCUGCCAGGCGCCUGCUGUGGGGCAAGACCCUGUGUGCCGGCCAGGUCUGCAUGUCCCAGAACUACGUCCUGGUCGAGCGCGAGGUCGUCGAUGACUUUAUCAAGGGCCUCACCGCUGCCUUCCGCGACUUCUUCCCCAACGGCCCCAAGGAGAGCCCUGACCUGGCCCGUGUGGUCAACGAGCGGCACUUCCUGCGCAUGAAGAACAUGCUGGACGAGACCAAGGGCCGCAUCGUCAUGGGCGGCCAGAUGGACCAGUCCGACCUCUUUAUCGCGCCCACCGCCGUCCUGGUCAACUCUGUCGAGGACAGCAUGAUGGUGCAGGAGUCGUUCGGCCCCCUCUUCUCCAUCAUGCCCUUUGAUACCCUGGGCCAGGCCAUCGAGAUCGCCAACAGCAUUGACCCUACCCCGCUGUCCCUGUUUGGCUUCGGCACCAAGGACGAAUUCAAUAAGCUGAUCAACGCCGUCACCUCGGGCGGCGCGACCUACAACGAUUCCUACAUGCACGGCUCCGUAGCCAACGUACCCUUUGGCGGCGUCGGCGAGUCCGGCUCGGGCGCCUACCGGGGCAAGGCCUCGUUCGACACCUUUACGCACUUCCGCACCCUCGCCGACACGCCCAGCUGGGCCGAGGGCGGCCUGCGCAUCCGCUACCAGCCGUACGACUGGAGCCAGCUCCGGCUGAUGCGGUGGAUGUCCCAGAAGAAGCCCAACUUUGACCGCGACGGCAAGGUGACCCGCGGCGCCGGCUACUGGCUCAAGUUCGUCCUCGGCCUCGGCACCGCCAACAAGAAGAGCGCGCUGUUGCGGUGGGUGGUGGCUGCGUUGACGUGGUACUACUACGUGAAUGUGCGAAAAGGUUGA